GCGGUGCGGCGCGGUUUUAGCAAGCUUCGAUUUAGAGCACGUGUUGUGUUACUGUGUGCGUGGUGGUUAUUAGUGAUUUUAGCACAUUUUACUUUAUGUUGUAAGAUUUUAUUAUUAAACUGAUCUUAAAAUGGGCCGUAAAGCAAAGUUUGAUGAGACCAAAAAAGUUAAAAAGGGUCCCGGUAGAAAAGCCAGGAAACAACCGGAUCCAGUUUUCAGAAAAGAAUUGUUGGAGGAUGAAAAUGAGACAAAAAAGAUGAGCCAUAGACAGAAACAGAGGGCAGCAAGAAGGGCCAAAAAGAAAGCAGAGUUAGCAGAGAAGAGAAAAGCUCUGAAAGAAGCUAAAAAGAAUGUGGCUAAGCAGACUGUAGCUAAGCAGGUGGAGGCGGAAGACAAUUCUGAUGAGUCUGGAGAUGAGAGUGUACAAGGAUUCACCGAUGACAACAAAGAAUGGCUGAUGCCAAAGAAGAAAGGUAAAGCCCAGAAGCCUGAGCCAGAAAGUGACAGUGGUCAUGAUGAGGGUUCUGAUGAAGAAGGCUCUGAUGAUGGGUCCGCUGAGGAGUCGGAGCAGGAAGCCGUUAGUGAUGACGAUGACAAACCUAAAGCUGGUGAAAAUUAUAAGGUUGGAAAACUGGAUGAUUUGUUUGCUGAUUCAGAUCAAGAAAAUGGUGAUGUCACCUCUGAAGAUGAAGGGACAGCUACAUCUUCAAGAUUAGAGUAUAAUUCAGACUCCAGCGAAGAGAAAAGUGACGAGGAUGACGAUGAUGAUGAUGAUGACAUGCUUCCCAUUGAAAAAGCCAACAUUAAGCUAAAGAAAAAACAGAAACUUGACAAAAAACUUGCUGAUGAAGAGAUGCAGCUAAACAUUGCUAAGCAAGAUGUAUUUGCGUUUCCUACAGAAGAAGAAUUACAAAAUCCAAGCAAUUUACAAGAUGUAUUGCAAAGAAUCAAAGAUGUUGUCAAUGUUUUAGGUGAUUUCAACCGUUUGAAGGAAGAUGGUAGAUCCAGAUGUGAAUAUACUGAGCUACUUCUCAAAGACUUAUGUCUUUAUUACAGUUACAAUGAAUUCCUAAUGGAAAUACUAAUGCAGAUAUUCCCUGUACAAGAGUUAGUAGAGUUUUUAGAGGCAAGUGAAACUGCGCGACCUGUGACUAUUAGAACUAACAGUCUUAAGACAAGGAGGAGAGAUUUAGCUCAAGCUCUUAUCAAUAGAGGAGUGAACUUGGAUCCGGUUGGAAAAUGGAGUAAAGUUGGCCUUGUUGUGUACAGUUCCACUGUGCCUAUUGGUGCAACACCAGAGUAUUUGGCUGGCCAUUAUAUCUUGCAAGGAGCAUCAAGUUAUUUACCUGUGAUGGCAUUAGCACCUCAAGAGAAAGAGAGGAUUUUGGACAUGUGCGCUGCCCCUGGUGGUAAAGCGUCGCAUAUCGCUGCUAUCAUGAAGAAUACUGGGGCAUUAUUCGCAAAUGACGCUAACAAGGAGCGAACUAAAGCUAUUGUUGGCAACUUCCAUAGACUUGGAGUUGUGAAUGCUGUUAUUUGUAACUACGACGGCAGACAGUUCCCGGAAGUGAUAAAAGGGUUUGAUAGGGUUCUUUUGGAUGCUCCUUGUACUGGUACAGGUGUUAUCGCUAAAGACCCGAGUGUUAAAACCACGAAGGAUCAGAAAGACAUUCAAAGAUGCUUUAACUUACAAAGGCAGUUGCUCUUAGCUGCUAUUGAUUGUUGCAAUGCGAGGUCCAGUACUGGAGGGUACAUAGUUUAUUCCACUUGUUCUAUAUUGCCUGAAGAAAAUGAAUGGGUAGUGAACUAUGCAUUGACACGGAGGAAUGUGAAGCUGGUCCCUACAGGUCUUGAUUUUGGUACAGAGGGCUUUGUGAAGUAUAGGCAUCACAGGUUCCACCCUUCAUUAAAGUUGACUAGAAGAUUCUAUCCUCAUACGCAUAACAUGGACGGGUUCUUUGUUGCCAAAUUGAAGAAAUUCUCGAAUGUUAUUCCUGAGCCUUUCAAGGAUGAUGAUGACGAACAAGAAGAGGGUAAAGAGAAUACUGAGACCACACAAGAAGAAGCUGACACAAGUACCGAAGGUGAUAAGACUGCCACCAAGAGACCAGCACCUGACACCGCCACUCCAGCGCCGGCCGCCAAGAAGACGAAACCGAAUAAAAAUAAUCAGGCUAAGCCAGGCCCACAAGUCAAUAAUGCCCAAACAACCAAUGAAAACAAAAAGAAGAACAAGAAAAAGAAGAAGAAAAACAAGCAAGGAUCAGAUAAUAAGGAUAACUCACAAUCCAGUGAAACAAAGGAACCUCAAAACGUAAAUGCUAAAAACGAAGGCAAAAAACCUAAGAAAAAGAAAAAUAAGAAGCCUAAUGCUAGCCAAGGAGUAAUUUCUAAUGAUACACGGCAGAUAGAAAAUAAUACACAGCCUAAAGUGGAAGCUAGUCCCAAACCUGAUGCCAACAAGAAAGCUCCGUCUACACCAAGUCCAAAUAAAAAGAAAAAUAAGAAAAACAAAAAUAAAAAUAAAAAACCCGCGGCGAAUGAUCAACCGAUAGCAAAUAAGAAUGAAAAUAAGGUUACGCCAUCAGUUGAAGCUGCAGCCGCGAAAAAACUCAAAAAUAAAUUGAAGAAAAAGAAUAAAAAACAAAUUGGACAGCUGAAAACAGAUAAAGUUAAAACUGACAAACCAGUUGAACAAGGGAAAGGCACAGGUAAGAAAAACAAGAAAAAGAAAUUCAAUAAAAAAACUGAAGUUUAGUCAAUUUAUUGUAAGCAAGAUUUAAUUUUUGUUAUGACUGUAACAAUAAAGUUAAUAUUUUAUUUA